UCUAUUCCCGGGCUUGAUUCAUAUACAACGUAUGCGAAUUUUGUUUUUCCGAAUCCAGAAUUUUUUUUUUUCAAAAUGAUGUUAUUUUUGUUGAUUAUCUUUGCAAUUUUUGGUUAUUUUUUAUGGAAAUUUGCACAACUUGAUCAUGAUCUUGAAAUUUUAUUGGCAUUAAAAUUUGGAAAAUCAAUAAGUACAAUCAAAGGAAAAGUUGUAUGGAUAACCGGUGCAUCAUCCGGUAUUGGUGAACAUUUAGCCUAUGUUUUAGCAUCAAAUGGCGCUAAAUUAAUUCUUUCCGGUAGAGAUGAAUCAAGAUUGAAUAAAGUUGCUCAAACAUCUUCUAUCGCUAAUUAUGAUGAACAAAAUGUUUUGGUUUUACCAUUCGAUAUUAUUGAUCGUCAUUGUCAUCAACAGAUGAUGGAUAAAGUUUUAAAACAUUUCAAUCGAUUGGAUAUUCUUGUGAAUAAUGCCGGACGUGCACAACGUUCAUGGUUUGUCGAUGUUGAUUCCGAAAUUGAUCAUCAAUUAUUUGAAAUAAAUGUAUUUGGUUUGGUUAAUCUAACUCGUAUUGUUUUACGUUAUUUUCUGGAACAUAAUCCUGAUGGACAAUUUGGUGUGACAAGUAGUACAGCCGGUAUUGUUGGUUCGCCAUUUAUAUCAUCAUAUUCGGCAUCUAAACAUGCUUUACAUGGAUAUUUUGAAAGUUUACGUAAUGAAUUAGGUUCGCAACAAACAACAAAUAAUAUCGGUAUAACAUUAUUUUGUGUUGGUCCAACAUUUUCAAAUAUACUUUAUAAUGCAUUUACCGGAAAACCGGGUGAAAUUGCACGACAAAUUCAACCACCAUUAAGUAAUCGUAUGACAACUGAACGUUGUGCAUAUUUAAUGGCAAUUGCAUUAGCAAAUCGUUUGGAUCAAGUAUGGAUUACCAGGCAACCAACAUUAUUGAUGCAUUAUGUUUCACAAUAUUUACCACAAUUAUUUCGUAAAAUUGCACCAAAAUAUUUGUCCAAAAAAAUGUUAAAACAUUUACGAGAUUUAAAAUGAAAUUAAAAAUGAGAGAAUUUUUUUAUUCUAA